AUGGAGUUUGACGAUGAGGUCUUUCCAUCACAGCUGGAGCAACUACUGCCGGAACUGCGGGAGGACGACCCAUUCCAAGACGACUUUCAAUACGAUUCCUUCAUAUCAAGCCUUAUAGGGGCCGGCACAGACACGUAUAAAGAGAAUAUUCCCAUCCAUAUUAGGCAUCUCCUCGAUGCAGUGUCGGAGGACGAUCCACUUCAUGAUAACUCGAGCUCGAAGCCCCGCCUCCCAAGUCCCAAGGGUCCGCCAUUCACGAUAUGCGAGAUACCAGGCAAAGGGCUGGGUGCAGUUGCUAUCCGUCGUAUUCCUGCCGGCAGCAUUGUGCUCGAUGAUCCUUUCGCAUUGUCCAUCCAAGAGCCAGUGCAAGAGCCAGCCAGCGAGGAAGAAGCUAUCGAGCUGCUAAGUGUAGUAUUGAUUCAGCUCCUCGGUCAAUACAUCCGGCUGCCAGUGGAUUCCCGUCGACAGUUCGCAGGCCUACAUCCCCAUAUCAAGCCAGGAACGCACGACUGGUUCCGAUCGCAGAUGAGAAAACAAGGCGUCAACUUUGAUGAAUCGGAGCUUGAGUUCGUUGUGAGGCUCUACUGCACAUUCGAAACCAAUGAGUUUUCCACGGCUAUGCCUGGUGGUGGGUUGAAUUGGAGGAUCGGCAGGCUGUUCCUUACGACCAGUCGCAUCAACCAUGCAUGCCAGCCAAAUACGAGAUCGAGACAGACUUCAGAGGGACACAAGGUCGUGAUUUCCAUACGAGACAUAGAGGAGGGUGAGGAGCUGACGUUGCGGUAUCUGGAUCACACACUCUUCAGCCGCAGUGAAUGGCAGGCAGAGACGGAACGUAUUUGGGGCUUUGUUUGCAACUGCACAGGAUGCAGCUCUAAAUGA